UCCAUUAAGUGAAAAAUGAAAAGAAUUUCUUCUCCUUUCUUCUAUGAAGAAAUCAAGAAAACAGAAAAGACACGACUGACACGAGAGAAAAACACGAAGAGGAUCGUUCUUCUUCUUUCAUUCUUCUCCCCCAAAUCCCUUCUUCUUCUGCUGCUGCUACGAAAGAAAGAGUUGGUGAUUAUGACUUCAAUUGAUGAAGCGUUUCUUCCCAUGAUGCAGCAGGAGAUCAUGCUUGAGUUUCGUGCUGGGAAAAUGUCUUUGCAGGGAACUAGAGUUGUUCCUGAUUCACGAAAAGGACUUGUCCGCAUUGUUAGAGGUGAUGAGGGACUGGUUCAUUUCAUGUGGCUUGAUCGAAACCUUAAUACAGUAGAAGACGAUCAAAUUGUUUUCCCAGAUGAAGCUCUAUUUGAAAAGGUUAAUCAAUCAUCAGACAGGGUGUAUAUUCUGAAGUUCAACAGUGAUGACCGCAAGUUAUUCUUUUGGAUGCAGGAGCCAAGAGCUGAAGGUGAUGCAGAGCUGUGCUCUUCGGUCAAUCAAUACCUCAAUCAACCAAUAGAGUUUCAAGAUGAAGACGAACUUGCAGCUGCUGUCACGGAUGAACUUCUGGAAGACAUGGCAGAAGAUAAUACCUCAUCUAGAGCUGGAAACUUGGUUGUACCAAAUUUGUCUACAGAGGUGAGUGACGUGACAUCUUCGGCUGGACCAGUUAAGCUGGCAGACCUGCAAAGAAUUCUGAACAACCUCUCUGCUGGCCCUGUAGGUAUUGCUGGAGAUGAAGAAGGUUUAGCAUUAGGCGACAUCUUGAAGCCGGAGUUGAUUAUGCCAUUGCUUGAGAUGUUGCCGGUACAAGAACGACUGUCUUCACAUUUACCUGAGGGACACUGUAGGGCAGAAGAUAUUCUGGAGUUGUUGCAGAGCCCUCCUUUUCGUCAACAAAUAGAUGCAUUUACCUAUGUACUUCGCACAGGACAAAUAGAUUUGACUCAGUUUGGUAUAGACCCAAGUAAAUUCAAGUUCACAGUUGUCUCAUUCCUUGAAGCACUUGAGGAUUCGGUUUCAACGCAAUCAAAGGAUGCAAUGGAUGAGACUUAAAACUCUUUUUCAUAUUUCUCAUGAGUUUGGUUCAAACUUUGACAUUUCAAAUGAGGAAAAAAGAUCUUCGUUGGUUGAUGAUAGAUUAAAAGAUUUAUGUAGUGGUUCUUGAAAUUGUAAGUGUUGGGAUUUUAACUUUUUGCCACAAAGGUUUCUGUCGUUCGUUUUAUGAUUUACGUAUUUUAACUAGGCGCUGGUUCAAUAAAAGUGUGUGUUCGAAAUUUUA